AUGAACAACCUGGAAACUAUCAAUCGUAAGCGUCAAGCAAUUGAAAUAUCGUCGCCUGCGAAUACUAAGAGAAAGAAACAUGAAGAACAAAUCAUUUCGGAUAUAACAAAAGAGCGAACUUUUACUGAACUAUUUUCUCUUAAUGAAAUUCGAAAACGUACAUUUUCUCAUUGGCCACUCAAAACGCCAGCUCGAUCACAAAUGAUUGAAUCAGGUUUCUUUGGUUGUAACGUGGGAGAUCGUGUCAUUUGUAUCUAUUGUCAUUUGAUAUGCCAACAGUGGAUCGGGACGGAUGAUCCACGUGAAACUCACAGACUACUAUCGCCUAACUGUUGUUUCGUCAAAUCGAACCUUCUUUCAUCCAAUUUAGUAUCUCCUGUUAUUCUCAAUGAAACAUCGAACGUACUACCAAACGUUAAACUUGUUCCAAUUCAAGAACGUAAUCAACGUUAUAGCGAAAUACCAACGAGACAUACAUCAUUUUCGACGUGGCCUAAAGAUCAAUCCUUACCGGCCAUAGACGAUUUAGCCAAAGCUGGCUUUUUCUAUUCCGGCACAAAUGCAACUGUUACCUGCUUCUAUUGCAAUGGAUCUCUAAGAAACUGGGGAGUAAAAGAUAAUCCCACAAUUGAGCAUGCGCGAUGGUUCCCACACUGUCUUUACAUUAAACAAUUUUGUGGCGACGAGUUAUACAAUAAAAUUCAACAAUCAAAACGUGUUACACAACAUGUCGAACAACAAAAGAAAAAUUCAACACACUCUGAGACUAAUAGUUCACAAACACAAAUACCAGAUGAUGUUCUUUUAUCCAAAUUAGUAGCUGCACGAUUAGAUUUACCUGUAGCACAACGAUUAAUGGAUAAAUUUCGAAUGUCAAUUAUCAAAAGAUGCUACGAAGAUCAACUGAGAUUAAAACUUGAUGAUUUCUCCACAGACAGUGAUCUUUAUCUGGCGUGUCUAAUUCUUCAAAAGCAGAUCGAAAUAAUUGAUGGAAAAAGAGACAAUAUUAUUAUUCCAUCGAAAAAACUUCAAGAAAUCAUAGAAAAAAUUAAACUAGAGCGAGAAACAUGUGUACCUUCGAAUGAACUUAUUAAAUCAUACGAUACAGAACUAACUGAUGAAAAACAGUUAGCGUGUAUGCCGUGUGGUCACGUUGCAACGUGUGUCCCGUGUGGUCAUUCACUUCGGUCAUGCCCUAUUUGUCGACGGGAUAUUCAAUCAUUUGUUAGAGUUUAUGUGUCAUUAAACUGA